AUGUUCAAUUGGGCUUGUCUGCUGCUUUGGGCACUCACCGCGAAAGCAGUGAGCCCAGGGUCUUUGAACUCUGAUAUCUCCAUUCUCAUUCACAAUGAUCUACUAGAGACCCAAAGCCCACUGGGUGGCUCAGGAGUUUUAGUCCUCGAUGCUAGACCAUGGAAAGAAGCGAAAGAAAGCUGUCAAAAGCUCGGAGAGAGUCUUUGGGGAGCACAUUCAAUGACCAAGGAUAUCCAGUCUGCUCUGGAUUACCUUGUCUUCCAAGGCAAAUUUUCACCGAGUCACCGUUUCUGGACCUCAACCCAAAAGUCAUCAAUUAGUGCUCUGGCGAAUACCAGACUUCCGGUCCUCUGUACACAGACUGCCCCAUAUUCGAACAAAACAUAUCAAAAUACAGAUUCAAAGUGGCAGGUGACAGUCCACUCCAACAACGAAUACCUCACGGGAUUCCGAGACCGAUUCAGUUUCAGGUUUCAAGGAAUUCGAUACGCCAAACAGCCCGGCCGAUGGGAAUACGCAAAAUUAUACAAGGGAGCAGGUAGAAAGACCUCAGCCCUCAACUAUAGUCCUGCAUGCGCACAAGGAACUGCCUCUGGCUCAGAAGACUGUCUGUUUCUUAACAUAUGGACUCCUUACCUUCCCAAUCCCUCAAAAAUUAAAAAGAACAACCUUAAGCCGGUCAUGCUCUGGAUCCACGGCGGAGCAUUUACAGGCGGGACAGGCAGCGACUCAACAUUUGACGGGACGAACCUCGCUUCAAGAGGUGAUGUAGUCGUCGUGACGAUCAACUACCGGCUCGCGACACUGGGUUUCCUCGCUCUAGACAAUGGGGAAACAAAUGGGAAUUUCGGGUUAGCAGACCAAACCACCUCAUUGGAGUGGAUCCGUCGCAAUAUCCAAGAUUUCGGCGGCGAUCCGGACAGAGUGACAAUCUUCGGGCAGUCGGCUGGAGCAGCGUCAGUUCGUGCUCUACUUGCAUCCCCCAAAGCUCGUGGGAACUUUGCUGCGGCCAUUAUGCAGAGUAAUCUUGGUGGCUUAGCAUACGGGACGACAUACUCGAGCUACUAUACCAUCCCGGAGGAAAUGGAAGCGGUGGGGAAUGCCAUUCUCGCUGAGACAAAUUGCACAGAUGCGAUAUCACCACUUGAAUGCCUGCGGGCACUGCCUGUAUCGACAAUAACGGGUCUUACCAACCUGGCCCGAUAUCUAGUCGUUGAUGGCGUCUACCUCGAUCGUCCAGAGCUGGAUCUACGCCAUCCCUCAUCGACAGCGAGUGUCCCUCUCAUGAUUGGAACGAUGAGAGAUGAUGGUGCCGCAAUGAUCGGUUAUCCAAACUCCGGAGAGACAAUCCAGAAAUUUCUAUAUGAAUCAGGCUUACCCGAGUCUAUCGCCCCGAGUGCCUUAUUCCCGGUUCCUUCGACGGCUAACCUUACACUCGAUAUCUUCAACACUACAGCACGAGCAGCGACAGAUGCUAUAUUCCGCUGUGUGGACGAAGCAACUGCAUACGCCGGUACAAAGCACGAUGUUUUCCCUGAGAUCUUCUACUACGAAUUCAAUCGCUCGUACCAGAUGCCCGACUGGUCACCUAAUGCCCCAGUAUGUGACUCGCCGAUUACAGAGGAAUAUCCACAUGGAGAUCCAAGUCAAGAGUAUUUCAAAUGUCAUUCUGGAGAAUUAUAUUAUGUUUUCGGGACGAUUCUUCGCCAGGGAUUACCGCUUCGCGAUGAGUUCGAUUUACCCUUUGGGCAAUACGUGUUAGACUCGUGGGCUGCUUUUUCGAGGUCGUACGAUCCUACUCCUGACCUUGGGUUUCUGAAGGCGAAGGGUUAUGUUAAUACGACGAAGAUGGUUCGUGAGACUGGGUCUUGGGCUUCGUAUCGUCAGAAGGGUCAGGCGAGGUUGUUGCAGUGGCCACCAGGCACGAGUGAUUUGGUUGAGACUGAGCAGUGCCGUGCUUUGGGAUUGCCCUUAGAAUAUCUGGCUUAG